CUUUAUAAAGCAGGCCAACCUGUCUCGUUCAGGUACAUGUAACCACAGGGCACCUGGAGAGUCAGAGGAAGAGCAUACCUGGGCUGUCGGUGCAGAGUAAGAUAGCGGCAGCCCGCUGAACCAUCCAGGGACUCCACAUUUCGUUGGCCGUGCAGAGGGUGCAUUUCUGACACAAUGAGCUGCAGCAGCGUCGCAGGUUCUGAAUUCUCUGAAGAAGAGUUGGAGCUCGGCAUAAUGGUGUCUGGGGAUGAUGAUGGCACAUCCAAGCAGUGUUUUCAUGACAGUGAGGGCUCAACCAGCAGCCCCGGAGAUCCGGAGGAGGGCCAGACCAAGAAGCGCAACCGGCCUGUUCGCUCCAAAGCUCGAAGGAUGGCUGCUAACGUCCGUGAGAGAAAGCGAAUAAUGGACUACAACCAAGCCUUCAAUGCUCUCCGGGUGGCUUUGAACCAUGACCUUAGCGGCAAGCGGCUCUCUAAGAUCGCCACACUUCAGAGGGCCAUCAACCGCAUCUCUGCUCUCUCUGUGUUCCUGAGCUCGAGCCCCCCCAACAAGCCCUGCAGCCACCGGGAGUGCCACAGGUCCCCUGUGGGGGGAGCAGCAAUGGGAGGAUCUCGACCUGAACAAAACAGAGCAGCGGUUCCUCGCCUGGAGCAUCAGAGCUAUGCACCGUGGCAUUCAGCAAUUUCGCAGCAGAUGCAGCCACAGUCUCACCUGCACAGGCUUUCCACUGACCCACAUGUCUACAAUACCAGGUCCUCGUGCCCUCCCUCACCCCACUACCCCUGUUACCCCACUGAGGGGCAGCUUUACCGCUCACAUGGACACUGCAGCAGCCCCCACAACCAUCCGUCCAGUCCGGUGCGGUACCCUCAGGUGGGUGAGGCUCUGGGGUACCAGCCCGGCACGUGGGCCUCGUGCACUCAGGCAUACAUGGACACCUUUGUGGAGCCGUCUUCCACUCUGGGGCUCCCGUGGCAGGUGAGCUGCGUGCAGGAGCCGGAGCAGAGCUUCCCUCUGUGCUCUGAUGUAGUGUGACUUAAUGGACCGUUAGCCAGCCCGAACCUCAGAGACUUCAGAACUGCAGUGUUUUUGCAGCGGUGCUGCAGGCUGCUUCAUGUUGCGGUCUGGAGGCUCGUCUGUGAUCAGACCUUUUGCUGAACGGUGUUCUUAUCUUUAAAACAUUCUCGACUCCCGCAGAGACCGAAUGCAGGAUGGGAUGUUGACAAACGUGAGAGCGCAAAAAUGAAGCUCAACUGACAUGAGCAGGAAGUGCAUUCUUAGAGAGUUUGACUGAGAAUUUAAUGCUACAUUUGUUUUUGUAUUUAUUCUGUUUAUACAUGUUUAAAAUGCUGAAUGUCUUCUGGUGAAAAUGUCUGCAUUAAAUCUUGUGGUUUACGA